AUGUCCGCCCAUAACAAGCAAAUGGAUAAAUCCAGCGCUAGCAGACUGAAUUUUUUAAAAAAUUUAUCAGUGGAUAUCUCAAGCGGGCAGCUCGCAACAAGCGAUGAUGGGGACCAAUACGACGACAUCGAGGAGUUCAAAGCAAUUGGAAGGGGAAAAAUCAGACGGCUGCUGAAAACACCGUCGGAGUUCGACAAGGCGUGGAAUGGUCUACGCCUCACAAAUCCGUAUCCGUAUGAUAUGGAGCAAAUAUACCACAGCUCGAAAGCCCACGUCGUGCUUCGUCUUCAACCAAGACGUCUUCACAAAUGCACGACAGGCUUCAUUGCUCAAAAAUUUGAAGAAGAAAUGGACAAAAAAGUCCAAACACUAAGAAGAAUGAUUAGUGUUCUACAAGUGGCCGAAAAAGAGCCUGAAAAUUUGCUUACGGAUAUUAUUCCGCUUCAACAAGUGGCAGUCAAGGCUCUGAAAGCUAUGAGGUCCAUAUAUGAUCUCAUUAAUGAUAUUAAAGAGAUCGCAGCCCAAAUAAAGUGUUUGGGAACGGAUGCUCCAAUCCCAGAAAACGCUCUCCUAAUCACAGCCAUCGUAAAAUUUGGACCACUUCCUCAAUGGGACAUUGGCGGUAUAUGGAUUUCGGACGAGGAGCGAACUUUUAUCAUUAUGGAGCUUCUUCAAACACUCAUUCGUCGGGAAGCCUUAUCGCACAACUAG